ACAAGAAUGUAGUUAAGAUAACAGCGAGAAGGAUUCUAUGUAGAAGUGUCUGAUACUAGCAGACUGAUCUUGUUAAAAGAAGAGGACAACUGGCAAACUCCUCUCCUUGAAGUAAAAGCGAUAGAGUUUCAACAGACUAUUUUCAUAAUUGUGCUCUUUUCAGCUUUUGUGUUAUUAGCAAGAACAGUCUCUCACGUUAGUAUACUCUGCUAAGAUACAUCAACAAAACAAUUACAUAUACAGAUGUAGACAUUUUGAAGUUAUAAUUUAGAAUUCUUAUUUCUUUAUUGCCCACAAGGGGCUAAACAUAGAGGGGGACAAACAAUUCUAAAAUAAUUUAGAAUUCUAUGAAUAUAAUUAUCAAUUUCACUUAACAACUAAACUUAUCUGGUUUUAAAAUUUAAAAGUAAAGCAAAGUAAGUUCAUAAAAAUUAACAUAACACCCUUGUUUGUUGUUGUUGUUUUUUUGGGGUCUGAUUGCCAAUUAAUAAAACCAACCCAAAUGGAUAUCACAGACCAAGAUGUGGCCAUGCUGCUUGCCAUAGAAGACGACGAUCCGGUAGCGCUGCGGGAAAUUUUAAAAAUGGGAGCUGAGGCUGACACAUAUUGCUAUGAUUUGAACGGUAUUCCAUCCAAAUCAAUGAUUCACAUUGCAUCGGAAAAAAGUCGGUUGGAAUGUUUGAAAGUUUUACUGGAUUACGGCGGAUCAGCGGAUGCCAGUGACCGCUGGGGUCAAACACCACUUAUGUACAGCAUCAUGGCAGGAAGACGGGAAAUUACCGAAUAUUUACUGGAAAAAGAACCUGGUUUAGCGAAAGAUUCUGAUCACAAAGGGAACACGCCUCUUCAUUGUGCUGUGCAGGCUGUAUGUCACGAAGACAUCAAGUUAAUUCUUAGUCGAGGAGCUGAUAUAAAUCGCCAAACAACGAGAGGUGUUACUCCACUUAUGCUGGCCUGUAUAGAAUAUUCAGCCUCUUUGGUUAAUUAUUUAAUUGAAGCUGGAGCUGACAUCAAUAUGAGAGAAUAUAGAAAUAAUUCUACGGCUUUACAUUUGGCUGUGCUCACCAAAAAUGUUGAUGUUGUUGAAAUCCUCCUUCAAGCCGGAGCCGACCCUAAUAUGGCUGACAGGUCUGGCAAGAUUCCCCUCACAAACUGUAUCCUUGAAAAUAUCACGGUAAAACAGGAAGCUGGAGUUGCUCCUGACAUUGAUGCCAAUAUCCAAUCUAUGAUAUUUUUACUGACUCAGGCAGGAAGUAAUUUAAACUUGACAAUGUGUGAAUAUAGCCAUCCUUUGAUAUGUGCAGCUUUUGUUGGUUCGGCUGAAUUGGUUCAGUUUUUUAUUGACCAAGGUUCCAUUCCAAACAUGGUGUUUCCGUCUGGCGUUACACCAAUCCUUACUGCUGUCAGCCGUAAUCAAAUGAAUGUGGUUAAACAUUUACUUUAUUGGAACUGUGAGUUUCAGAAUCGAGGUAGAAUCUCUCGCAAAAGAAUUGAUUAUUACUUCGAUCCUUUUGAACUGGCUAUCUUCAUGAAACACUGGGAAAUAGCAAAACUUUUACUUUUUGCUGGUUAUCAAUGGAAGGCAGGCUUAGUUGAAAAUAAUGAAGACCUCAGAAACCCACUACUUGCAUGUGAAGAAAUGGCAAAAUGGUACACAGACUAUACACGCACAACGCAAUCACUUCAGUUUUAUUGCAUCAGGACGAUUCGAUUAUGUUUCGGUGGAAAUAUUUCCCAAAAACUGAAGAGUUUGAAACUUCCACCUUUCAUUAACAACAAAAUUCUUUUAAAUCAUUUGCUCUCAGUCGACAGCUAAUAUAUCACAAUUGUCUUGUACAUUUGCAUGCAGUUCUAAGUUCACAGAGAUCAAAAGAUAUUUAUUUAUUCAGAGGGUCAGCCCAUGACAAUUUGUACCAGGGAAGAAAUUGUGGAUAUUUAUUUCAGAUUUAUUAAAACAUCUUUAUUUACCUGUG